AUGAGCACGUUCAAGCGGCCGCCCGUGUACGAUGAUGCGCAGGCGCAGCUGCAGCAGGAGGCUCUGCAUCAUCACCAACAGCUGCAACUGCAACAGCAACGCCAUCACCAUCAAAAACAACAGCCGCCGCCCCAGAUGAUGCCGCCAAUGUCGUACAGUCCCACGCCUCUCGAUGAGACUACGUACAUGGGGGUGCAGUGGGAGGAUCAUACGAGCUGGGACCCCCAGCUCUUUACGCAGAUCAUGCCGGGCUGGGGGCUGAUUUAG